AUGACCUCGACGACAACGACGCUCUCGCCGACCAAGGCGCUUGCCGCUCUCUCCCUCGACGACGGCGCGCGCCCGCCAGAAACGACAGCCAACGACGACGAGCUCGAGCGCUUCCGCCGCGAAUGGCGACAGGAAGUGCAGGGGCGCAAGGCCGGCACGGCCAAACCUACAGACGACGCCGUCGCCGUCUCCACCCCCGCGCCCGCCGCCGCCGCCGCCGCCGUGCCGGCUGACAAACCAUCUCGCGCCAGCCUCGACCGCGUGCGAUCGCGCGACAGCGCCGGCUCGCACAAGUCACCGACGCAGGCGCCCGCCCUCGGCUCGUCCCCGACCAAGCUCACGCUGCCUGCGCCCCGCUCGCCCACGAAGGCGGGGUACGCCGGCAUCGGGCUGUACGCGCACCACACCGUCCCCGCCGGCCCCUCGCGGCAGGUGCACACGCUCGGCGGGACGACCGCGGCCGCCAAGAUCCCGUUCCGCGCGCCGCAGGUCACAAAGGACAAGGACGCCGCGGUCGAGGUGUAUGCGCGCGCCGUGGAGCGCGAGCAGAGCGGCCAGCUGAACGAGGCGCUCAAGCUGUACCGGCACGCGUUCAAGCUCGACGACAACGUCGACAGGCUGUACGCGCGCGUCGCGGCGCGCCAGGCCGCCGAGGUGCAGGAGGCGGCAGCUGCCGAGGUCGAGGAGCAGCUGACGUCCGCCGACGUCGUUGACCCCUCCGCGCCCGAGGAGGAGCCGUACGACUUUACGCGGCAUAUCCAGACUGCGCCAGACUAUGAGCGGGCGGCAAAGGCGCGGCUGGCGGGCGCGUCGCGCCUCUCGGCGCUCUUCAGCGCGCUCGACGAGGCGCACGACGCCUUCCUGCCAGAGGAUGAGGAGCUGCCCAUUCCGAUCGCCAAGCUGCCCGCCGAGCUGCUCGAGCCCAUCUUUGCGCACCUCGACGUGGCGACGAUCGAGCGCUUCGCACUCACCUGCUGGCGUGCACGCGCGCUCACCGCCGCCGCGGGCAAGUGGAAGCGCCUCGCAGAGGGCAUCUACCGCUCGCCGUCGAUGGUUCCGCACGGCCUCGCCGCGCGCGAGCUCGCGCGCCGCCACCGCGGCGAGUGGCGCACCGCGCUCGUCGAGGAGGAGCGUAUCAGGAUGGACGGGUGCUACAUCUCCGUGUGCCACUACAUCCGUCCUGGUGCAGGCGAGCAGUGGGUCGCGAUCACGCAUAUGAUCACGUACCACCGCUUCCUGCGCUUCUACCCCGACGGCCAGGUCAUCUCGUUCCUCACCACCGACCACCCGUCCGACGUCGUGCCCACCCUGCGGCCCAACCUCCGCGGCAAGGGGCUGCACUUUGGCCGGUGGCGACUGGUGCGCUCCGACGACCCGAGCAACGACGAUGAAGGGCAGGCGCAAGGACACGCCGCGACGGGCAACAAGCGCAAGCGCGCGCGCAUCGUCAUCUCCGAGCUGCUGGAACCCGGCGUCGACAACCCCAAGUACGAGUUUGAGAUGGACCUUGCGCUGCGCGAGACGGGCCGAGGGCGUUGGAACAAGCUCGACUUGAGUACCUACUCGAGCAUCAACCUCGCCACUGGGGAGACGCUGGGCUUGAGCCUUCGUCACCAGAAGCCAUUCUACUUCUCCAAGGUCAAGUCGUACAGCCCCCAGUUCUAGCGUGGCGCUACCUCUCCAGACAUUUUCGUUCUCCUUGACUAUCAUCUCAUAUCAUUGGUCUGCAUCAUCAUCACACAUGCUACAGCAUAAAA